UGCGGCCCGGGGGACGGGAGCGGCUCCGAUGGGCGCGCGCCGGAGACUCGCGGGAAGUUUGUGCUUCCGCGUCGCUGGAGCCCGACGCCCUGGGAGGAAGCUCUGCCCCCCCCCACCGCGAAUGCCUUGGGCGGGGCGGAGGGCGGGGCCCUCCUGACGUCGGCUAGGGCAUGAAUGAACUGGGGCCGAAGUUUCCCACCGGCGGCUCCCAUUGACGCCUGCGAGGCCCGCGCGCCCCUUGCCAGCCCGCCCGCCCGCCCGCCAGCCGGGCCCAUGAGCCGCACCGGGGCCGCCGCCGGAGCCCUCCUCGCCCUCCUGGCGUGCCUCAGCUGCGGCCGGAGCCAGGAAGAAGUUGUCCUGCUGGACUUUGCCGGGGCUCAAGGGGACCUGGGCUGGCUCAACCACCCCUACGGCAGAGGGUGGGACCUUCUCCAGAACGUGAUGAACGAGACCCUCAUCUACAUCUACUCCGUCUGCAACGUGAUGGAGGGGGGCCAGGACAACUGGCUGAGGUCUAACUGGAUUCACCGCAGCGAGGCACAGCGCAUCUUCAUCGAGCUUCACUUCACCGUCCGGGACUGCAACAGUUUCCCCAGCGGGACGGGCACCUGCAAGGAAACUUUCAACCUCUACUACGCCGAGUCGGACGUGGACUACGGCAUCAACUUCCAGAAGCGGCAGUUCCGCAAGAUCGACACCAUUGCCCCCGACGAGAUCACCGUGCGCGAGGACUUUGCCGCCCGCAACGUCAAGAUCAACAAAGAAGUGCGCCCGGUCGGGCCGCUCACGCGCAAGGGGUUCUAUGUGGCCUUCCAGGACAUCGGGGCUUGCGUGGCCCUCCUCUCAGUACGGAUCUACUACAAGAAGUGCCCCAGCGUCCUCCGCAACAUGGCCAGCUUCCCCGAGACCAUUGCCGGAGCCGACUCGCAGGCCUUGGCCAAGGUGCGGGGAGCGUGCGUGCCGGACGCUGUGGCAGAGGAGGCGCCGGCCAUGCACUGCAACUCAGACGGAGAGUGGCUCGUUCCCAUCGGGGAGUGCCUCUGCCGCCAGGGCCACGAGACACACGGGGACAGUGGCUGCAAAGCCUGCCCUGCCGGCUUCUUCAAAUCGGACAUCUCCAACAGUGCCUGCUCAAAGUGCCCGCUGCACACGCUGCCCUCUGCUGUGGGCGCCACCUGGUGCCCCUGUCAAGAAGGCUAUUUCCGGUCCUUGACUGAUCCAGUCUCUUCGCCCUGCACAAGCCCCCCAUCGGCCCCCCAGGGCGCCAGAGCGAUCGGCUUGGGGGCCAAAGUGCAGCUGCUCUGGUCCCCGCCUCAGGACCCUGGAGGCCGCCAGGACAUCGUGUACAGCGUGACGUGUGAACAGUGCUGGCCGGAGACAGGGGAAUGCCAGCCCUGCGAUGCGUCUGUCCGGUACUCGGAGCAGGCUCAUGCCAUGACAGGCACUGUCCUCACAGUCAGCGACCUGGAGCCGCAUGCGAAUUACACCUUCACCGUGGAGGCCAGGAAUGGUGUGUCAUCCUUUAGCACAGAGCGGAGUUUUGCCGUUGCCAGCAUCACGAUCAACCAGACAGAACCCCCCCAAGUGACCUCAGUGACCCUGGAUAGCCGCACAGACACCAGCCUGACCGUGUCCUGGACCGUCCCUCCCCGGCAGCAGAGCCAUGUCUUCAAAUAUGAGGUCACCUACAGUAAGAAGAGGGAUGAAAACAGUUACUCGGUUGUGCGCUGUGAAGGCAGCUCCAACUCUGUGACCCUCACGAAGUUGACCCCGGGCACCAAGUACCUGGUGCGUGUUCAGGCUGUGACCCAGGAGGGCUACGGGUCCCAGACCACGGAUUAUCAGUUUGAGACGCUUGAUGAAGGCUCUGACCGCACAAAUAGCGCCUCGGUCCUGUGGGGUGUCAUUGCUGGUGUCAUCUUCAUGGUCUUGGUGGUGCUGGCCAUUGUCUUAUUCAUUCUCCGGAGGAAGAAGAACUUGCGAGCACGACAGACGUCAGAGGACGUUUACUUCUCCAGGGCUGACCAGCUGAAGCCGCUGAAGACCUAUGUGGACCCCCACACUUACGAAGACCCCAGCCAGGCUGUGCUGAAGUUCACAACGGAGAUCCCUUCCUCUUGUGUUUCCCGGCAGAAAGUCAUUGGGGCAGGUGAAUUUGGGGAGGUCUACAAGGGGAUCUUGAAACAUGGCAAGAAGGAUCUCCCGGUGGCCAUCAAGACGCUGAAAUCGGGCUACACGGAGAAGCAGCGCAUCGACUUCCUGAGCGAAGCGAGCAUCAUGGGGCAGUUCAGCCACCACAACAUCAUCCACUUGGAGGGCGUGGUGUCCAAAGCCAAGCCUUUCAUGAUAAUCACGGAGUUCAUGGAGAAUGGCGCGCUGGAUCGAUUCCUACGGGAGAAGGAUGGGGAGUUCUGUGUCUUGCAGCUGGUGGCCAUGUUGCAGGGCAUUGCUGCGGGCAUGAAGUACUUGGCCAGCAUGAACUACAUCCACCGGGACUUGGCUGCUCGCAACAUCCUUGUCAACAGCCAGCUAGUCUGCAAAGUCUCCGACUUCGGUCUCUCCCGGGUGCUGGAGGAUGACGUCGAUGCCACCUACACAACCAGUGGCGGGAAGAUCCCGAUCCGCUGGACAGCACCUGAGGCCAUCUCGCACCGCAAGUUCACCUCUGCCAGCGAUGUCUGGAGCUACGGGAUUGUGAUGUGGGAGGUGAUGUCCUAUGGAGAGCGACCCUACUGGGAACUCUCCAACCAAGAGGUCAUGAAGGCCAUCAACGAAGGCUUCCGGCUCCCAGCCCCCAUGGACUGCCCAUCCACCAUCUACCAGCUGAUGAUGCAGUGCUGGCAACAGGAGCGGAGCCGCCGGCCCAAGUUCAGCGACGUGGUCAGCAUCCUAGACAAGCUCCUCAACUCCCCAGACUCGCUGAAGACCUUGGCAAACUUUGACCCUCGGGUCUCCAUCCGCCUGCCCAGCACCAGCGGCUCUGAGGGGAUCCCUUUCCGGACAGUGUCCGACUGGCUGGAGUCCAUCAAAAUGCACCAGUACACAGAUCACUUUGUGGCCGCCGGCUACGAUGUCCUUGAGAAGGUGGUCCAGAUGACCAAUGAGGACAUCAAGAGGAUCGGGGUGCGUCUCCCGGGGCAUCAGAAGCGCAUUGCCUACAGCCUGCUGGGUUUGAAGCAGGAGGUCAGCGCCGUGGGCAUUCCCAUCUGAGGCCACCGAAGGGGCCUGACCUCUCCCUCGGGUGGCUCCGUCCUCCGCAGUGCAGUGAGGACCCCCUUGAAGCCCCCUGGCUCCUGGGACGUACUUGAAGUGAGGAAUCCAAGCACCGCCUCACCCGCGUUGCUGCCCGCCUCGUGCCAAAGGCCAGUGGGCUAUUGCUGCUGCUUCUCUCCAAGUGCCGUAUUUAUUGCUCCUCCUUCCAGCUGCUCUGGACAGUGAAGGCUGGAAAUGUUCCCGGUUGAGGGUCCGUGGCAGAAGGUGGCCAUGCAGAUCUGGCCACAGGGGCCACUAACCACUGGUGCUGCCUGCCAAAGGAUAGCCCAAGCGACACAUGCCUGGCCAGCUUCUGGAAGUAUCUGGAAGAUGUGCCGAACCAGCCCAGAGACCUCCUUGUGGAAGGGUUGUGGCCUCCUUGUCUUGCAAAGAGAAUGGAGAAGGGGCCCCCUUAGACACCCAGACCUCCCUGCCUCCUGGGGGGCUGCUGGCAGUCUCCCGCCCCCCCCCCCCCCGGCCCACUUGGCCUAGACCUGACCAGCAGCUGCAGUCGUGGCUCACCCUCAGCCUCCUCCCUGGCUUGGAUCCUCCUGGAGUUGGCCUGGCAGGAAGCCUUCACCGGCAGUCGCCAUGGGCACCAGCGCCCCCCCACCCCCCCAGGGCCAGGUCUGCUCCACGUGGUCCCCACAACAUCGCUGGCGCCUCUGAGGCUCUGCCUGGCCAGGUGUGUUCUUGGGGACCUGUGAAGGUCCCUAUUCUAUUCUCGCCAUGAGCGCAGGUGGCCGAGUGCUCCUCUGUUCCAGCUGGGUGGGGGGCCCUGCCUUUUACCCUCUCGCGUCGAGCCUCUGGGCUGAACCCCUUUUUGGCCCUGAAGGGGUUUUGCCGCCUUCCGCCUCCCGCUUCCUGUCCCCCGUUAGUUCUGCUCCACGCUGCCUCUCCUCUCCCCCCACCCCACAAGGCACUCUUACUUCUGUGGACGGUUCUUCGUUCAUUCAUAGUUUUGUCUUUUUUUAAAAAAGAAAACAUAAUUUAUUUUUUAUAUUUAUUAAUGAUAAACUCAUGCACAGUUUUCAACAAAACAUGCAAACGACUUUAUUUCUGGUGUGUUUUGAGUGGUGUUCUCUGGGUUUAAUAAACAUUUGUAAUUCUUUUAAAAA